AUGCUGAUUUCGUUGCAGCUGGCGACAAAUCAGAUCUGCAACACGACGCUUGAUCCCUGGUCGAGGGCGAAAGCUCUCGUUGCGGAGUUCACCAUCGAGGAGAAGAUCAAGAACACGCAGGACAAUUCGCCCGGUGUCCCGCGCAUCGGCCUGCCGCCGUACGAGUGGUGGAAUGAAGCCCUUCACGGCGUUGCGUGGUCCCCAGGGAUCAGUUUCGGCGCGGCCGGGCAGCAGUUCAACUAUGCCACGUCGUUCCCGCAGCCCAUCACCAUGGGCGCCGCUUGGGAUAUGCCGCUCAUCAGGGCUGUAGCAGAAACGAUAUCGACCGAGGCGCGCGCCUUCAGCAAUGCCGGACGGGGCGGGCUGAACUUCUGGACGCCGAAUAUCAACCCCUUUCGCGAUCCGCGCUGGGGCCGCGGUCAGGAGGUCCCGUCGGAGGAUCCGUACUUCAUCAGCCAAUAUGUGAACCAGCUCAUCCCUGGGCUACAAGGAGGGCUGCAAGCGGAUCCGUAUUUCAAGCUUGUUGCCACGUGCAAGCACUACGCUGGAUAUGACAUUGAAGACUGGGGCGGCAACAAGCGGUACGGCUACGACGCCGUGAUCUCGCCGCAGGAUCUCCGCGACUACUACCUGCCUCCCUUCCAGGCAUGUGCGCGCGACGCCAACGCCCAGUCAUUUAUGUGCAGCUACAACGCGGUCAAUGGCGUGCCGACGUGCGCUGACCCCUGGCUGCUGGAAGACCUGCUCCGGGACCACUGGAACUGGACGGGCAGCGACCAGUGGGUCACGUCGGACUGCGAUGCGCUGAAGAAUGUCUAUAGCGCCCAUCACUUCCGCAACAUGAGCGCGCCGGCUGCAGCCGCGGCAAGUCUGAAUGCCGGUACGGAUCUGGACUGUGGCUCGUUCUGGCCGGAGAAUCUCGGCGCGGCGUAUAAUGGCAGCUUGUUCAACGAGACCACUCUCGAUGUAAGCCUGACCAGGAGGUAUGCGAGCUUGGUGAGACUGGGUUACUUCGACCCAUCGGAGAAACAGCCGUAUAGGCAGCUCGGAUGGGCAGACGUAGCGACCGCAGAUGCCCAGACGUUGGCACGAAAGGCGGCAAUUGAGGGCCUGGUUCUGCUGAAGAACAACGACGCGCUUCCGCUCUCGAAGCCGGGCGGUGCCAUCAAGACGGUCGCGGUGAUUGGGCCGAUGGCGGCUGCCUCGCGGCAGAUGCAGGGCAACUACUACGGCAACCCGCCCGUGCUGGUGAGCCCGGCCGCCGCCUUUCAAAAGGCGGGCUACACCGUCUUGACCAUCCCAGGGGUUGGCGUUUCGUCGGGCACCUUGGCCGGCGUCGCGGCCGCGCUCGCAGCGGCACAGAAGGCCGACGCGGUGGUGUUCGUCGGCGGCAUCGACAACGGCCUCGAGUCGGAGGAGCACGACCGUACCGCCAUCGAGUGGCCGGCCGCGCAGGUGACGCUCAUCGAGCAGCUGGCGACGCUGACGGCCGAAGCGGGCAAGGAGAAGCCGUUUGUGGUCGUGCAGAUGGGCACGGUGGUGGAUGCCAGCGCCGUGCGGGAUAGUACUGGCGUGGAUGCGCUCCUGUGGGCUGGGUAUCCGGGCCAGGAUGGCGGGACGGCGAUUGUCGAUGUGCUGCUGGGCAAGACGGCGCCAGCGGGAAGGCUACCGUUCACUCAGUACCCUGCUGGUUAUGUGGAUGAGGUGCCAAUGACGGAUAUGGCGUUGAGGCCGUCGCGGGGGCAGAAUGAUACUGGGAAAGGUAAUCCAGGCCGCACAUACAAAUGUGCGGUCAUCUCACCAGACUCCGAGUUACUGUCGCAGUUCACCACAUCUGCCCUUUUGGCACAGUCCUCAACAGCCGCAUCGUAUAAGGAUCUUCUCCCAUUCGCGUCGGUUCCAGUGACCGUGUCCAACACGGGGAAUGUGACGAGCGACUUCGUCGUCAUGGCCUUCUUGAAGGGCGAGUACGGGCCGAAGCCGUACCCGCUGAAGAGUCUGGCGGCCUUCACGCGCUUGCAUGAUAUCCCGGCUGGGACAAGUGUGAAUGCUACGCUCGAGAUCCAGAUGGGGAGCGUGGCGAGGAGUGAUGAGCAGGGGAAUCUGGUGCUGUGGCCGGGACAGUAUAGUCUUGUGUUAGAUAUUGAUAGCAAGGAUUCGUGGAACUUCACGAUUGCUGGGGAUGCUGCAGUCCUUGACGUGCUGCCGCCGCGGAGGACUAUCUAA